AUAAAAUUGUAGUAAUGCGGUCGAUGGUACCGUGGCUGAGUUUAACUGUGUCCAGUUUUACGAACAUCCCUCUUUCAAAAAAAAAACCUAAUCGUGUUUGUCGAGGUGGUAGGUGGCAUUUUCCGGUUCCUUAUUGUCAACCAGUUUGUGGUCAAAAACCGGCUGGAACUGAAUCGAACAUUCCAUGGCACGUUAGCAUAUACUGGAAUACCUCAUUUAUUGGCUACGUGUAUGUCGGUGAGGGAGUCCUUCUAAGCGAAAGAGUUAUUUUAACAGAAACCCGCCAUAUACCAGGAAACCAUCGACAAAUAUUCCCCAAAGAAGUGUACGUCGUAGUUGUCGGACACUCAUACAAGCAGUUUAACGAUAGCCAAGACCCAAACGAAGUCCAGGUUUCUAAGGUAGAUGCAAUGUUCAUCACUGACCAGUUCAGAAAUGAAACAGCUUUUCUUGGUGAUCUGGGUGUUAUAAUUCCACAGACACCUUUCACUUUUAACACUAAAGUCAUGCCAGUGUGUUUGGACUGGACUCGAGAAUUGGAUCUAAAUGUGGAUAACACGGGAUAUGCUACCGGAUGGGCUUCGAAAUAUACCUACCUUUAAGCAAUUUCAAGCUACCUUACUUUCGGAUUUGGUCGCAAAAAACCUUAUGCUGGACAUGUAUUCGGGGGAUGAUAAACUUUGUGUUGGAUAUAAUGAUGGAGGUGGUUUUGUAAAUUUUGAUAAUUUCAAAUUUUAUUUUUUGCUUACUGGAAUUAUUAGUGCGUAUUUUUUCUGCCACGAGGUGUGGAGAAUACUACAGACAACAAAUGCAAACAGCUUGUGCCUUAUACGAAAGUGUGGAAUUAUUUGAACGAAUUUAUUUUCCAAAUAUUUGAAAAUGGAACCAGAGCAAGAUAUUUUGAUAAAAAAUCUUAUUUAAAAUAACUGGAUGCAAAUACACAAGUUAUUACGAACGUAUGGUGGCAAAUUUAAAUUAUGGCAGUCAUCAAGAGAACAAGCGGCAUCAGAGCGCUAUAACAGUGUAGAGAUCGAACUAUCUCAAUUUCAUUCUAGGGAACAACAAAAUUACCCGUUGUAACACGAGCGGAGUUUGGGACUCCUGGUUGUGGCUGUUCUCCCACCACGACGGUGAUUUUACUCUAUCAACAAGCACGAUCGCAAACUCGUGGUUGGAAAUCCCGGGACAAGCCGCGAGCAUCACGUCAUCCCGACGGCUCCUCUGACUUCUCAAGGUCUGCGUCUUUUGUGCAGAUGGCCAGCUCUUCAAAGAGCCGCGCACUCCGCUUCCGCCACCUGUUUCUGUGUUAUUUACCUCAAUUCCAUUUAAAUGUUCGAUUUCUAUAACUCUGAUAUUAAACUACAAUCGAACAAGUGCUAAAGUUUAAAAAAAAAGGCAAUAAACAACAUUUAAAUUCGCCUU